AUGUAUCGUUAUGUUGUGUGGUGGCACUAUAGGCCACAGUGUGAUACUCGAUGUCAUCUCCAUUCAUCAAAGCAUAAACGCUAUUUACCCUACCACAUCGUAGGUGAAAGACGACAAGAAGACGUAUGGGGUGAUCGUCCAUGUGAUACCGAUCCGUGUCCAAAUCGAACACUCGAACAUAUCGUCAUUUUUCAUGCUAGAGAUUACAAACCACAGCCUCGCUGGCGUGAAUUAAAUGCUGUUGAUCCUAAUGCGACUUAUAUAGGCUUUCAUACUACGAAAUCUCAAGCAGCAGUUGCCAUAGCUCAUAGCGAAUUUAGGCCAAGCUCUUCAGGGAUGCUUGGUAGUGGUGCGUAUUUUGCACGAUCUGUUGAGGAUACUUUUGGGAAAGCCAAUAGCUAUGGUGCUUGGAUUAUUGCCGAAAUCCAUAUGGGUAAAGUCUUCGAAAUUAAUAAGAAACAGAUCUAUCCGAUAUUCAAUAAUCCUCAUUAUAAUGCAAAUCUACAUCAUUUUGUACAAUCCGGUGGAUGGCAUAAGGAAUAUGACACAUGUUAUUUGAAUCAUGAGAUGGAUCGCAAAGAUGAAUUUUGUAUUAAAAACCCAGGAGAGCAAAUUAUCAAAUGGGUCAUUGUGGUCGAAAGACAGGAUGAUGCAAAAGUGUCUCAAUAUGGACUUGACACUGAAUUCAACUCGACUAAAUGUGGUUGCAUAUGA